AUGGAUCGAGCAAUCCAAAUGACGAUUCUCCAUGCCGCCGCUCGUGGUAUUUUGCACCAGUUUCUUGGCCUCAUCGAGUCAUUGCCGUCUGAUGCUACUUUCACAAGGGAAAGUAAAGUCGUGCCCGGAUCUACCAUUGGAAAGCACGUCAGACAUGCACUCGAUCAUAUUCGUAUCCUAUUUGAGGGACUUGCACUGAUCCAUAGGGAUACCGAUUCUGACGAUACGGAUGCGAGAGUCGUUAACUAUGACAUUCGCGAACGAAAUGUCCCGAUUGAGAGUGAUCGUGCUGUAGCAUGCAUCGCAAUAACCAACCUGCUUCGUAUUAUUGACGUUGCAUCUCGAAGCAUAACUAAUCCGGACAAGCCCGUAUCUCUGAUGUGUACUGUGGAUCCUAGUCGUGACGAUGUGCCAAUGACCUCGACGUACGCCAGAGAGCUAUGGUUUGUUCAACACCACGCAAUCCAUCAUGCAGCACUCAUCAGAGCUAUAUGUGUUGAAUAUGGAUGUGAUGUUCCCGAAGAUUUCGGCGUAGCCCCGUCCACACUCAAGGCAUCGGACUCUCCUGUUGAAGAUGAUGAUGCAACUAUAGAGCAACGACAGUCCGCAACUCAAGAAUCGACCAGUCAAGAGUCACAUGGACAGAGUCAACAAGCUUCUAACAAGAGUAGUGACAACGAACAAGUGAAUAUGAUGUCUGGAUCUUCAGAGAUCAAUUCGUCUGAUGGUGAGGACGUAAAGGCCAAACUGUAG